AAAAAAACUAACUUGUUGAGAAAGAGAAUCGCUGUUUGAGAACUGGAGACUGGGACUGGUUCCAGUAUCUCCCAGAAUUAGCACAGAGUAUUAACUGCCUCCGUGACUACCGCAGAAAAUCCUAAAAAUGAGGAGCACAUAGACCCUGCUUUCUGUUAUAAAUCCAAGGCUGCUUCCAGAGGAUCCUAACUCAUCAUUUCAUGAUGGCCAGAGAAGAUGUAAGAGAGGCCAGUUUGUGUCAGCAAACACUAGCUCUGCUAUGGAAGAAUCUCCUUCUCAAAUGGCGCAGGAAGGGGCACACCAUUCAGGAAUGGCUGCAAGACCUGGCCUUUGUGUUUCUACUUUUUAUUAUCGCCAUGACUGGUGGGAAAAUUGACUCAGACAAUUUCGUAGCACCAGCAGAGGUCCUUGGACGUUUAGAUGAGAUUCACAAUCUUAGCAUUGGCUAUGUGUCGCCCUUUCCUGGCACCAAAAACAUAAUGGAAAAGGUUUCGAAAAGUAUCAUCCUACCAGGUCUAACUGUAACCCAGUAUUCCAGUGAAGAACAGCUGGUGAAAGACAUUCAGAAUGUGACCUUGGUUGGCGUCAUCUUUGAGGAUCAAUUUAGAUAUCACAUCCGAUACAUAAUUAGCCGUGUACCAUCUCCAAAUCCCUACAUUUCAAUUCAGGGUAAAUGUAACACCUCCUCUUUAUAUUGCUUCCCUACUAUGUACUGGAGGAAUGGGUUCCUGUCCAUCCAAGCCAGCAUUGACUCUGCUAUUAUUGAAGUCACCACCAAUCAUUCUGUGUGGCAAAGUAUGGCUUCCACGGUGGCCGUGAAAAUGAUAUCUCCUAUAUAUUCACAGAGAACAAACUUGCACAAAGGUUCAUUCAUCUUUGCCAUGUGCAUCAGUUACAUCUCCAUGACCUACCUCCUCUCGCUUUACGUAACUAGAGAGAGAGGCGAAAUGCGUGAGAUCAUGAAGAUGAUGAGGUUAAAGGAUUUGGCAUUUUGGUUAUCGUGGGGUUUACUGUACGCCAUUUAUGUCUUAAUCAUUGCGAACCUGAUGGAAAUGGUUGCUACAUUUUGCGUUUUUGUGGAGAGUUCACAUGGGGUCAUCCUACUCCUCUUUUUCCUUUAUGGGAUAUCACAGGUAUGCUUUACCUUUAUGUUGAGUGCCCUCUGCAGGAAUCCAAGGGUAACAGCCAUCGUAGGAUUUUUUACCGUUCUGGUUCUUUCGUUACUGAGCACACUGCUAUUGAUGGGCAAUGUCCCCAAAAUUGUGGAAGUCCUUCUGAGUAUCUUUCCUCCUUUCUCCUUCGCUGUUGGACUUGCAGAGAGUGUCCACAUGGAGGACAAUUUUCAAGGUGUCUAUUUCUAUGACCUAAUGGGCGAUUCCCAGCAUGUCCUCUCCAGUGUAAUCUAUCUCAUCCUGGACUCUGUAUUUUACAUGAUCCUGACUGUUUACUUUGAUAAAGUUCUAGCAGAUAAAAACGGGAUGAAACAUGAGCCUUUUUUCUUUCUUAAGUCUUCGUACUGGUCGAGGGAGAAGAGGGUUCCAAUGAAGUCUGAAAAUGAGGGGAAUGGAGAAAGCACUCAAGGAGAUUAUGUUGAAAGAAUUCCACAAGAAUUAAGUGGAAAAAAUGUCAUCCGAAUGAACAAGUUGAGGAAAGUCUACAGCAACCAAGAGAAAAAGGUGGAAGCUCUCAGAGAUCUAGAUUUGGAUGUCUAUGAGGGACAAAUUACAGCUCUGCUUGGCCACAGUGGGGCAGGAAAAACCACGUUACUCAACAUACUAGGUGGAAUGUGCAAAGUAUCUAGUGGGUCAGCCACUGUGUGUGACUAUAAGCUAUCAGAUAUGAGCCAGUUGGAGGAGAUCAAGAAGAGAGUUGGGUUUUGCCCACAGUUUGAUGUCAAAUUUGAUCCUCUGACUGUCAAAGAGAAUCUCAAAGUUUUUGCUCACAUCAAAGGGAUUCCAUCAAGAAAUAUAGAAACAGAGGUGCGGAAUGUGAUUUCUGAGUUGGAGAUGCAAGGAAUCGAAAAUGUUGAAGCCAGUAAAUUAAGUGGGGGACAGAAAAGGAAACUGUCGUUUGGAAUCGCUGUUUUAGGAGAUCCACAGAUCCUGUUACUUGAUGAACCAACAGCUGGGCUUGACCCAUGUUCCAGACAUCGAGUUUGGGCCAUGCUGAAGGAGCAUAAAGUGGAAAGAGUGACUCUCUUCAGCACCCAGUUCAUGGACGAGGCAGACAUCCUCGCUGAUCGGAAGGCUGUUCUCUCUAACGGGCGAUUAAAGUGCGUUGGGUCAUCCUUGUUUCUGAAGAGGAAAUGGGGAAUUGGGUAUCACUUAAGAAUGCAGGUGUCUCCCUCCUGUGACUCAGAAGUCAUCACUUCUCUAAUAAAGCAGCAUAUCUCCAAUGCCAAGCCCACCGCACAGAGCGAGGAGGAACUUACCUUCACCUUACCUUUCGAGACCAUGGACUUAUUUCCAGACCUGUUUUUACAUUUGGACGGACUGGUGGGGCAGGACAUUGUCAGUUAUGGGGUCUCUAUGACUACUUUAGAUGAUGUUUUCCUAAAAUUAGAAGGUGAAGCAGAGAUAGAGCAAGGAGAUUAUGGCGUUUUCUCCCAGGAGCAGGGAGGAGAAGAUGACCGUGGUUAUUUAUCAUCUGAAAUGGAUGAAUCGGUGCUGCUGAUGUCUGACUCCGGCACAGUGACGCUAAGUGGCUUUGCGCUCUGGAGGCAGCAAGUGUUGGCAGUCGCAAGAAUUCGUUUUCUGAAAUUAAGAAGAGAGACCAAAAGUUUCCGAGCUAUGUUGCUUCUUAUGGCCCUCUUUCUGAUACCGCUGAUUCUUGUAACUGCCUUGAUAAACAAUUUUAAAACAUUCCAUGUUUGGGAACUUUCUGCAAAUCAUUACUUUCAAAGUCCCACAAGCAGAUUUCACAAGUACUACACAAAGCUCUUGGUGAAUAACAACACAGGCAACCCUAUUGAAGACUUUGUGAGUGCCCUCAAAGCUCAAAAUAUCCUUGUGGAUGUUAUCGAUGGCAUAUACAACACAAGCAUCACACAAUACAAAGGAGCAAUAGAAGUGUCUCAAAAAGAUAAGGACUACAUUUUUAAGAUCAUUGGAAAUCCAAAAGCACAAAAUGCUUUGCCAGUGCUUGAAAACUUGAUCAGCAAUUCCUUUCUGAAGAUGUUUAAAUCCCCAACCAAAAUACGUGUUUGGAACAACCCAGUGCUACAUGAAUUACCUGACGAUUUUCAUUACCCUGCCUUUUUUUUCUGCAUCAUUUUCAUGGUGUUCGCUUCCGGUCUCACCCCUCAUUUUGCAAUGAGCAGCAACGAUGACAGAAGGCUCAAAGCUCUUUCCCAACUUCAGAUAUCAGGCCUCUUUCCUUCUGCAUACUGGUUUGGCCAAGCUCUUGUGGAUGUCAGUCUCCACCUGAUUUUGCUUUUCUCGAUGAUCAUCAUAUUGUUUAUAUUCAAUUACAAAAUAUUCCUGCACUAUAUACUGGCUUUCGUUAUGUUCUUUGGCGUUGUUGGUUACGGAGUAUCAAUGGUCCUGUACGUCUAUAUCAUCAGUUUUAUUUUUGGAAGAUCAAAGAGCCACCACGAUCGAUGGGCGUUCUUCUUUGUAAUGAGUGGGUUUCUUCCAUUUAUCUUCAGCGAAUUUUUGGUUGUGUUUGAUCAAACGUUCCCAAUACUUUUUGUCUACACAUUUUUAGUGCCGUCUAGUGUCUUAAGCAGUCUUCUGCUGUUUAUUAUUUCCAUGAGUUAUCAAGAAGGAAUCUACUACAAUGAAGAAGACCUAACUUUUUCAGAGGGGAUUUUUCCAUCUCUGCCAUAUAUACACAUAGUCAUAUUCUUGGGAAUCAUCUGGUUCCUGGAAUGGAGAUUUGGGACAAGGAGUGUGAAAAGAGAUCCUGUUUUCAGAACUUCCAGAACAAAACUUGUACCUAAACGAAACCCAGAGGAGUUGGGAGAUGCAGAUGAAGAGGUUCUGGCUGAGAAAGAAAGGGUUAAAAAUGCAAUAACGUCUAAAAAUCAGGAGGAGAAACCAGUCAUCAUUGUAGACAGCCUGCGCAAAGAGUUCAAGGUCAAAAAAGGUCACUCACUUUUCAAGAAAAAAAGGAAAGCGGCCACCAAAAAUAUCUCGUUUUCUGUGAAAAAAGGGGAGGUUUUGGGGUUGCUAGGACCAAAUGGAGCUGGGAAGACCACCUCAAUAUCCAUGCUGGCAGGUGAAAUGAAACCGACUGCCGGUGAGAUGGUCCUGUGUAUGCCUGGCUCUGGUGACCUUCAAACAUCCAAAGACUGCACUCCAUUCCUGGGCUACUGUCCCCAGAGCAGCCCUCUUUGGCCAAAUCUGACUGUUAAGGAACACCUGGAGAUCUACGCAGCUGUAAAAGGCAUGAAGAAGGAAGAUGCGGACAGCGCUAUCAGGCGUGUGGGUGAAGCUUUGGCGCUAAAAGAACAUCUAGAAAAAACAGCUAGGAAGCUGUCAGCUGGAGUCUCCAGAAAGGUAUGUUUUGCAAUCAGCAUGCUGGGAAAUCCAACCAUCGUUCUUCUCGAUGAACCAUCCACAGGUUUAGACCCCAAAGGUCAGCAGCGACUUUGGAGAGCAAUACGAGCAGCUUUCAAAAACAAAGAGAGGGGAGCAAUACUGACCACUCAUUAUAUGGAGGAAGCAGAAACAGUAUGUGACCGCGUGGCCAUCAUGGUGUCUGGGAAGCUACGAUGCAUUGGUUCAAUCCAGCAACUCAAAAGUAAGUUUGGUAAAGGCUAUCUCCUGGAGAUAAAAGUGAAGGACUCCCAGCCUGUGGACGUGAUUCACAAUGAGAUUAUUCGACUGUUCCCACAAGCUUCGAGGCAGGACAGAUUCUCUUCCUUGUUGGUCUACAAAGUUCCUAUGGAAAACGUUCAGUCUUUAUCUCAGGCCUUCUUACUUCUAGAGGAAGCAAAACGAACCUAUAGCAUUGAGGAGUACAGCUUCUCGCAAUCCACCUUGGAACAGGUAUUUCUUGAGCUAGCCAAGGAGCAGGAGAAGGAGGACUUUGAUGUGGACAGCAGUUUCCAAUGGAAGCAUCUUCGGACAGAGAGCAUCUGAUGUUCUGACUAGCCACGUGAUCCAUGGUUGGUUAGAUGGACAAUGAGCUGGUCGAGCUAUGGCCAGACCAGGAGACAGACAAUGAUGAUCUGCAUCAUCUUCCUGGAACAUACAAAUAUUAAUCCUAAUCUUGAUCAAAAGGGACCAAAAAUACAUGGAAAAAAUUAACAUUCCUCUUUCUGUAUAAGGAAUAACACUAUCUAAAUGCCAGAUAUAUUUUUGAUAACUAAGAUAUAAAUAUAUAAAAUAUAUCUUCUGUAUAAAGGUUUACAGCUGCAUUUUUUAUAGGCGCAUGGUUUAGAUAUUUAUACGAAGUAGCCAUGUGUGAUGAAUUUAUGGUGCAAAUCAAUCAACCUUACUCCUCACCAGAGGUGCAGCUAUGUUAUUUUUACAUCUAUAUCUCCAGUUUGUGAUUGAUUGAGAAUUGGGCAUGUUAACAAAAAAUUGUGUUUACAUUAUCUAUGCAUAUAUCUAUAUACUAAGUGCCAGCAAGGUGAAACCCCAUUUUAUGAUGAACUUAACGCUUCCGGUCCUCUUGCAGCCCAUUCUUCUAUAUCUCUCAAGCUUCCAGCCUUAAAGCAGUGAAGAAUCAUGUUCUGGUUUAUCAUGAAUCAGAGAGUGGCAGAUUUUAAACUAUUGCAUUAAACUGUAACGUUGUUCCA